GUCAGGACGGUCCGGUGAGCGGAGAGACAGCAGAGGAUGAGGAGGGGAUGAGCUGAAGACACGCUGGGCGGACAGCUGCUUAUCUAGUACAGCAUCAUGCACAGUCUACUGCGCCCCCUACUGGCCACCUGCGUGUACCUGCUGCUGCCCGGCGGCCAGGGCAGGAUCCCCGCGUACAACAAUGGCUUUCACUACCAGGACAUCAGCAACGGAAACGGAAACGGAGAGAUCUAUUUCAAUGGGGUUCGUCUCCACGUGGAAUCCCCGCAGCCUGCGGUGUCGGCCACCAGGGGGAGCAGUGUCACCCUUCCCUGUCACUACCACUAUGAGCCUGAACUGACCAGUCCACGCAGGACCCGGGUCAAAUGGUCCUGGUUGCCUGCCAACACCAUCAGUGCACCUGUUUCCCCUAUAGCCUCCAUCAGGGAAACUGAGGUUAUGGUCGCCAUGGGCAACCGUCACCGCAGCUACGGCAGCUUCCGGGGCCGCGUGCGCCUGCGACGCUCUGCACCAGGGGACAUGUCUCUGGUCAUCAAUGAGCUGCAGCUCAACGACACGGGCAGAUACCGCUGUGAGGUGAUUGAUGGCCUGGAGGACGAGAGUGUGACAGUGGAGCUGGAGCUACGGGGCGUGGUGUUCCCCUACCACUCUCAGAAGGGACGCUACCAUUUUAACUUCUUUGGGGCCCAACAAGCAUGCCAGGAUCAGGACGCCACUCUGGCUACAUUUGAGCAGCUCUUCACAGCAUGGGAGGAGGGGCUAGACUGGUGUAACGCCGGCUGGCUGGCUGAUGGAACAGUGCAGUAUCCAAUCACAGUUCCACGUGACGGCUGUGGGGGCGUGGACUUAGCUCCCGGUUUGCGCAGCUACGGACAACGGCAUCGCCUCCUCCACAGCUAUGAUGCCUUCUGCUUCUCUGCCGCUGUCAAGGGGACUGUGUAUUUCCUAAAGCACCCGACCAAGCUCAACUUCACAGAAGCGGUCCAGGCUUGUGCCAGUAAUGGAAGUCAGAUUGCCAAAGUGGGCCAACUGUACGCCGCCUGGAGGCUGAUGGGAUUGGACCGCUGUGACGCUGGCUGGUUGGCUGAUGGGAGUGUCCGUUAUCCUAUCACAAAGGCCCGUGCAAACUGCGGCCCACCAGAACCAGGGGUGCGUAGUUUUGGGUUCCCGCCUCCAUACCUGAAAUUUGGCGUCUACUGUUAUCGGUAGAAGCUUUGGCUCAACGCAAGUCAAAAACAAACAUACUGACAGUGUACAGGUUCAAAGCUCUGCAUGAGAGGUUAGCAUUAGUAGCCUGGAAAUGAUGUCUCAGCAUACUUUACUUCCUCUCAACAACUGCUAAACUACGUACAUCCAUCAUGUGAUGAUGCCACUUAUACUUAGACAAAAUGUCUACACUAUAUGGCCAGAUGUAUGUGGACACAAACACUGCACCCAUGUGUAAUUGUUGACCAUCUUGUUCCGAAUGAAUGCCCCAUGGCCAUUAAUGUGCUGCUAUAACAGCCUCCAAUCUUCUGUGAAGGCUUUCCACAAGGUUUUAGAACUUGUCUGCAGGAAUCAGCUCAUAUAUUCAGUCACAACAGCGUUAGUGAGGAAGGCUACAGAUGUUGGGCGAUUGGGCCUGUCUCGUCGUUGGUAUUCCAGUUUAUCCUGAAGGUGUUGGUUAAGGUCAAGCUCAGUGACAUUCUUCCCCAUCAAACUGUGAGAACCAUUUCUUUAUGAACCUCAAUUUGCACAUGAGGGCACUGCCAUGUUGAAAUAGGAAAGGACCUUCCCAAAACUGUUGCCAUAAGUUAGAAGCACAACAUUGUCUAAAAUAUGUGUCUUUUCCUGUGGCAUUGAGGUUACCAUUAAUUAAACCUACAUGUACACUAAAGUGUAUUAACAGGGGUGUCCACAUACUAUUGGCCAUAUAGUGUAUAAGAAAAACAGAGAACAUCUUCCCAUUUUCGUGAGAUCCAGUUAUUUUUGCCUCACAAAUCAAAUUUAGCUUCAAAUUCUUUGCAACUGUCUUGAAAUUCGGCUGAGCAGCUUCGACUGUGAUCGACCACCAGCAGUGACUUUAAUUCACAGAUGAUUCGUUUCAAACUCAGGGAAGGUGUUCAGGCUCAGAAAAAAACCUUCAUGUUCGGAUGAAUUCACUGCUCCCUAACCUUACCUCAGUCCUUCAUAUACCCUGUAUUUAUUCAAUGAAACGUUUACAUCCUCUUUGUCAGCAGUGCUCUCCAGAGCAUCGCAGUUAAACAACAACAAACAUUUAAACAUUUGCUUCGUACUACAACCACAGACUUCUGGGUUCAGUGCCUUGCUAAAGGGCACCGUGUUGGUUGAAGGAGUGUUUCCUUUUCAAAUCUUUCUCCACAGACUCUUUCUGUCUUUCUAACACUGUGAAAUAUACUGUAAUCUCUGUUUGUCUUUCUGUGUAUCCCAUUUUAUAAAGUAUAAUUCAUCUCUUUUUGAUGUUUCUGGGUGAUUAAGGGUAGUGCUCUGUGAUGGAGACAGAAGUUAUGAGUGAGUAUCUGUAUUGUUGUAAUAUUUAAACUACCUUGUUUACAUCCGUCGUGGAAGAAGAAACAGUGUUUCAAUACGUACAUGUACCUUUCGUUUUUUACUCUAUAUGUCUAUGCAUUUGUACAAUUUUCUACAAAUAAAUAAAACACUAAAGACAUU